GCCAGGGCGCACGGGGGCGCAGCGUCCCCCUUUCCUCGGCGCCCUCCAGACACCAGAGGUCCCUGCUGCGGCCGGGUGGGAGACGCUCUCGGCAGCCGAUCGCUCGUCUUGCCGCUCCUCCUUCCUCCUCUUCUUCCUCCGUCCUCCGGGAUCGGAGGCGGCCGGGCGGGCCGAGAUGAGCACCUCCCGAGGGCGCGGAGAGCAGCAGGAGGCGGCGGCGACGGCGACGGAGGAGGACGGAGCCGCCGUCGGCGGCGACAUCAUGAUGGGAGAGCCUGCAGAGAGAAGGAUGUAUGAAUGGGCAGACCCUUGCAAAGGAGAUACUGGGGACGAGUCAGCCCCACUGUCCUGCCCUGCCUGCCGUAGCAACUUCAAGGAUCCGUCUGAGUUGUCGGCUCACGUGGAUUCCUGCUGCCCGGAACAGCCCACCUGCUCAGCCGCUGCGGUGGUGGCAGCCGCUCCAGCCAUUGCUGGCCAAGACCACUGCAGCAUCUCCUCCUCCUCUUCCUCUUCCUCUGUAGAAGUCCGUCCCGAGAGUCCUCAGAGCAUGGACGUCGAGUCUGGGCCGCUGCUGGCAGACCCAGCCCAAGAAGCAGCCCUUCCCCGGCCUCCUCCCCCACCUCCCCCCACGCUGCCUCCCACCGCUGCAUCCGUCCCCGCAGGACACCUCAACAUCCCCCUCAUCCUGGAGGAGCUCCGCGUCUUGCAACAACGCCAGCUGCACCAGAUGCAGAUGACGGAACAGAUCUGCCGCCAGGUGUUGCUCUUGGGGUCUCUGGGGCAGGUGGGCUCCCCAGCGCCUUCAGCAGAGCCAGCCCCAGGAGUGCCUCUCCCUCCCAAGCCCCCCUUGCCAGUCUUUUCCAUCAAGACAGAGCCGGGGAGGACCCAAGCCUCCAGCUCCCCUGAGGUCCCCAAACCUGCUUUCUUCCACCUCUACCAUCCUUUUCCCGGCGGCGCUAGAGUCCCCAAGGCCGAGCAGCUCUUGGCGCCAGCCUUCCCCGCUGCUACAGGCAUCCUGGCGGCUCAGUGCUUAGGCGCCGCCCGGGGUCUAGAGCAGGCGACAUCGCCGGGGCUCCUACGCCAGAAGAACGGGGGAGGAGGGGAGAGCAGCUUGGAAGAGAAGCCGGGGGGGCGCCACAAGUGCCGGUUCUGCGGCAAAGUCUUUGGCAGCGACAGCGCCCUCCAGAUCCACCUGCGUUCGCACACAGGCGAGCGCCCUUACAAGUGCAACAUCUGUGGCAACCGCUUCACCACUCGCGGCAACCUUAAGGUGCACUUCCACCGCCACCGGGAGAAAUACCCCCACGUCCAGAUGAAUCCCCACCCAGUCCCCGAGCAUCUGGACUAUGUCCUCACCACCUCGGGGUUGCCCUACGGCAUGUCGGUGCCGCCCGAGAAACCUGAGCCCGGAGAAGAGACCACUCCUCCGCCCGCUGCCGAACGCAAGGCCCUCAGUGCCACCGAGAGUCUGACUUUACUCUCCGGGGCCUCCCCAUCGGCAGCGGCCCAGGCUUUGCCUAGCUUCAACAAGUUGGUUCUGAUGAAGGCAGUGGAAGCUAAAGGGAAGGGGGAUGAGAACACCCCGCCGGAAAGGGAGACGGAAAGUGCCCGGCUUCAGCUGGGGAAGUUGGUGGGGUCUCUGCCCAGUUGGGCCUUGUUGGCCAACCACUUCAAGGCAGGCGCCGCUGUGGGGCCUUUCCCCUACGUGCUGGAGGCGUCGCCCUCGGAGACCUCCAAGCUCCAGCAGUUGGUGGAGAAGAUUGACCGCCAGGGCUCUCCGUCGUCGUCCCCCUGCUUUGCCCCUGUCACUGCCGCCCAAGCUGUGGCUGGCUCCUCCUCCUCGUCUUCUUCCCUGCCCACUUCCUCGGGGCCCAACCAGUGUGUUAUCUGUUUGCGGGUCCUGAGUUGCCCUCGGGCUCUGCAGCUCCACUAUGGGCAGCAUGGAGGGGAGAGGCCUUUCAAGUGCAAGGUGUGCGGGCGGGCCUUUUCCACCCGGGGAAACCUGCGGGCGCACUUUGUGGGCCACAAAACCAGCUCGGCUGCCCGGGCCCAGAACUCUUGCCCCAUCUGCCAGAAGAAGUUCACCAAUGCCGUUAGCCUCCAGCAACACGUCCGCAUGCACCUCGGCGGGCAGAUCCCCAACGGGGCGCUCCUCCCCGAGGCCCCUGCAUCUGAAGGGGCCACCCUGGGGGAAGGAGAGAAGCCACAACCGCAGCACCAACCACAACAGCAGGCCCCUCCACAGGAUGAGGAACUGUCGGAGGAGGAGGAAGAGGAAGAACCCACUGAUGAAGACUCCUUGGAAAGUGGCGGGGAGAAAGUCGAGGGACCCUCCAGCCCCGAACAGGAAGCUCCACCUCUCGCCAAGGAAGGGGAGGAAGUGGUGCAGGUGGAAGAGGGAGGCACCAGCGCUGCCUUGCCAUCGGGGCCCGGAAGCCCUCAACGGCCCAUGCAGGAAGGGGAAGAGAAAGCAGAAAUGGAGAAAGGGGAAGGAGGAACGCUACAAGAGGAGGAGGAGCUGCAGGAAAAGGAGAAGGGAAUGGGUGGGGAAGGCCCGUCGGAGAAGCAAGAAGGCAGUCAAGCAAAAGACGGGCCAACGCUGGUUUGUGGGAUUUGCAAGCAAGGCUUCCCUGACAGGGCCACGUUGCGUAAACAUGCGCUGACUGCCCACCACCAGGUUAAUCUUGGCGGCCACGUCUGGAGCAGCACCCAGGCCCGACGUGGACGGCGCUUGCCUUUAGAAGGCCCCAUGCCUGUGCUGACGGGAGGCCAGGUCAAGCUUCAGGAUUUCCUGGGACGAGACAUACCAGCCCAGCUCGUGGGGGUGGGGCCCCUCUCCUUCUGGAACCAGUACACGGCCUUCCUCUCCGGAGGCCUGCCGACCAAACCAGCUCAUGGGGCAGCCUCUUCUUCUUCCUCCUCCUCUUCCUCGGCGUCCAGCGUGGCCACACACGGCCUCUUGGGAUCUAGUAUUGCACCUGCUAAGGUGGCCUCCGCUGAAGCCAAGGAGAAGCCACCAGUGGGAUCUCUGCUGCUGCUGCCACCGCUGCCGCCACCAACCCCGGCUCCAGAGGUUGCCCCCGAGAGCCAAGGAAAGGGGGAAAAGUAACUCAGUCUUGGCGGAGCCCCCAUGAGGGGUAAUUGUUCUAGCGGUACCCAGGCUGGCGGGGAAAUCCCAGUCCCCUCCCUCCCCAAGCACAGCCCUGCAAGGAGAAGAGGCUCCAGUCUAAUUUUAGCAACAUUUUAGUCUUUUAUUUUUAAAAUGUAGCUUGGACAUCCGUCUGCCAGAAGUCAAGAUCCUGAUGCAGUACAGGGGAGCACGGAAACCGCCCUGUACCCUGGGGCAAAAAAGAAAAAGUGGAUCAUUUUUAGUUUAGAGCAGGAUGGCAGACGGUCCAUUCAAGCAAAGGGAAGGACAUCUUGAAUUCCCCAAUAAAAGCAGUUUGACAGAA